AUGGUUUCAGAAGAAGUUACGGCGGGCAUCAUGCAAGCCGAGCAGGCUAUGUACGGCCCCUUCUUCGGAAGCCUGGGGGUGACUGCGGCCAUGGCUUUUGCUGCAGCUGGAUCAGCAUAUGGAACAGCGAAGGCUGGAACUGGAAUCGCCUCGAUGGCCGUUGCACGACCGGACCUUGUCAUGAAAGCCAUCAUUCCAGUCGUUAUGGCCGGAAUCGUCGCCAUCUACGGACUUGUCGUUGCUGUCAUCGUCUCGGGAAAAGUUGAGCCAGCAGGUCCAAACUACACCAUCAACAACGGAUUCUCCCAGUUUGCCGGGGGUUUGGUUUGUGGAAUAUGUGGUCUCGGAGCUGGAUAUGCAAUCGGUAUUGCUGGAGACGCGGGAGUGAGGGCCCUCUCACAACAACCGCGGAUGUUCGUCGGAAUGAUCUUGAUUCUUAUUUUCGCUGAAGUCUUGGGUCUUUACGGUAUGAUCGUCGCUCUUAUCCUCGGAGCUACCUAA